GAUCCUUCACUUGAUGAUAUUCGACAUCUUCUUAACCCAAGGUUUAACAAAGACCAAGUUCUGCAACUUGAUAGAAAUAGACAAUGGUCAAGGGCGCUUGAUGGUUCUGAUUAUCUUCCUGGAAUGGUCGGGCUUAAUAACAUUAAGGAGACUGAUUUUGUUAAUGUCACCAUUCAGUCUUUAAUGCGAGUGACCCCCUUGAGAAAUAUUUUUCUCAUUCCUGAAAAUUACGCCGACAGUAAAUCUGUCCUUGUUCACCGUUUUGGUGAGCUGACAAGGAAGAUAUGGCAUGCAAGGAAUUUCAAAGGACAGGUUAGCCCUCAUGAAUUUUUGCAAGCAGUUAUGAAAGCCAGUAAAAAACGAUUUCGUAUAGGGGCACAGUCUGAUCCUGUUGAAUUUAUGUCAUGGCUUCUCAAUACACUGCACACAGACCUUAAAAGUUCAAGGACAAAGACCAGCAGCAUUAUCCAUCGGUGUUUUCAGGGAGAACUGGAGGUUGUGAAAGAGAUUAAUGCAAAAGAUGGUGCUGAGACCAGUAAGAUGCCAUUUUUGAUGCUUGGAGUAGAUUUGCCGCCACCCCCACUUUUCAAAGACGUGAUGGAGAAAAAUAUAAUUCCUCAAGUUCCACUUUUCAACAUACUGAAGAAGUUUGAUGGGGAGAGUGUAACUGAAGUAGUGCGUCCUCGUGUAGCCAGGAUGAGAUAUCGCGUUACAAGACUUCCACAGUAUCUUAUUCUUCACAUGCGUCGCUUCACGAAGAAUAAUUUCUUUGUGGAGAAAAAUCCAACCCUUGUUAACUUCCCUGUGAAAAAUCUGGAGCUGAAGGAUUAUAUACCAUAUCAUCUAAAGAGGGAGAGGAAGAAAGAGUGCGUUCCAAGUAUGAUUUGAUUGCAAACAUUGUUCAUGACAGUAAACCAGGUGAAGGAGCAUAUAGGGUAUUUGUUCAGCGCAAGUCGGAAGAGCUCUGGUAUGAGAUGCAGGAUCUCCAUGUUGCAGAAACACUUCCGCAGAUGGUUGCACUUUCUGAGGCUUACAUGCAGAUAUAUGAGCAGCAGCAUUUGGAUUCUCACAAACAGGUGGAGGCA